UCUCACAUGCGUCUGCUCCUGGAGAACUUGAAACGCUGCCCACAGCCAGGAGCUUUGGAGCACAACUGCUUCCCCCUUUGCUGUUAGAAAGCGUACAGGCUUUCUCUGUGCAAGGGCAGCUACUUGGGCACAAGGCACACAGAUAAAUACAUCUGGAAUAUAAAGAGGAGCAAGUGGAAAGGCAACCAGAGCCAGCUGCAGCUCCAGGUACAACUCUGCUACGUCGGGCAGUGCGCUCCAAAAGCUUCCUCCUCUGCUUCCCAGGAGGUGCAGCUUCUGCUUCACAAAAAUCCCGUCCAGGCGGCUGCACUUCCUGCUGUGCACACCGAGCACUUGGGAUCGCCUGGUCCAGCAUGGCAAAAUGUGGAGCAUGUGGUCCAGGAUAUGCAACUCCUCUGGAUGCCAUGAAAGGUCCCCGGGAGGAGAUCUUGUACCUGCCCUGCAUCUACCGAAACACUGGGAUAGAGAAGCCUGACUACCUGGCCACUGUGGAUGUUGACCCCAAGUCUCCCCACUACUGUCAGGUCAUCCACCGCCUGCCCAUGCCCAAUCUUAAAGAUGAGCUCCAUCAUUCAGGGUGGAACGCCUGUAGCAGCUGCUAUGGGGAUGCUUCAAAGAGAAGAAAUCGUCUCAUUCUACCAAGUCUGAUCUCGUCUCGCAUUUAUGUGGUGGAUGUGGGAACGGACCCGAAGGCUCCUAGAAUCCAUAAGGUUGUGGAACCAGUGGAGCUGUUCUGGAAGGGUAAUGUGGCUAAUCCUCACACCUCUCACUGUCUGGGCAAUGGUGACAUCUUAAUCAGCUGUUUGGGAGAUCCUUCUGGCAAUGGAAAAGGUGGCUUUCUUUUGCUCGAUGGAGAGACCUUUGAAGUGAAAGGAAACUGGGAGAAAGGGGAGAAGGUCCCCCCCUUUGGUUAUGACUUCUGGUAUCAGCCACGGCACAAUGUCCUGAUGAGCACUGAGUGGGGAGCCCCAAAAGUCUUGGCAAAUGGGUUUAACCCCGCUGAUGUAGAGAAAGGGCAUUAUGGCCGUCAUAUUAAUGUGUGGGACUGGAACUCUCAUACUUACAUUCAGAAAAUUGACUUGGGGAAGGACUCCAUUCCUCUGGAAAUCCGAUUCCUCCACAAUCCGGAUGCUGCAGAAGGGUUUGUUGGAUGUGCUCUGAAUAGUACAGUACAUCGGUUUUACAAGACGGAGAAAGGAAACUGGGCAGCAGAGAAGGUGAUUGAAGUACCCAGCAAGAAGGUGCAAGGAUGGCUUCUCCCUGACAUGCCUGGUCUUAUUACCGAUGUCCUCAUCUCACUGGAUGACAGGUUCCUGUAUUUCAGCAACUGGCUGCACGGAGACAUCCGUCAGUAUGAUAUCUCCAACACUCGCAAACCCAAGCUGGUGGGUCAGGUAUUUCUGGGAGGCAGUAUCAUAAAAGGUGGACCUGUAACUGUAGUGGAAGACAAGGAGCUGCAGUGUCAGCCAGAGCCAUUUGUGAUCAAAGGGAAGAGAGUGCAAGGUGGACCUCAGAUGAUUCAGCUUAGUUUGGAUGGGAAGAGAUUGUAUGUCACCAGCUCUCUCUACAGUGGAUGGGACAAGCAGUUCUACCCAGAUCUUGUCAAGGAAGGCUCUGUUAUGCUGCAGGUUGAUGUGGAUACUGAAAGAGGUGGAUUGAAAGUGAACAAAAACUUCCUAGUGGAUUUUGGGAAGGAGCCUGAUGGGCCUGUUCUAGCUCAUGAAAUUCGUUAUCCUGGAGGAGACAAUACCUCCGACAUCUGGAUUUAACUGUUGUAUGGAGCUUUUUUCUUUUUUUCUUUCUUUCUUUCUUUCUUUCUUUCUUUCUUUCUUUCUUUCUUUCUUUCUUUCUUUCUUUCUUUCUUUCUUUCUUUCUUUCUUUCUUUCUUUCUUUCUUUCUUUCUUUCUUUCUUUCUUUCUUUCUUUUUUUUUUCACCAUGUUUGUUUUGUUUGAUUGUUUCUCCCUCUCUCUCCUCCCUACCCCCACUUCUGAUUUUAUAUAGGUGAAUCAGUUCAGCCAGGACUUUGUCCGCUGUCUAAAUUUAGAAUUCCAUUAGGGUGAGCCACAGAAGCUCCAUUUUCUUCUCAUUCUCUGAGGCAGCCAAGUGAAUCUUUCUGAAACAUGAUAUACAUCUCAUUUAUUUCUCUAAUCUUUGCCUUAAGUCCUGUGUAAUCACUAUUGACUGCAGGUUUUGAGGCCAAGCACAUUGAUCUUUUAAGGAUUGUUUGCCAGGUGGUGGUGGUGAAGCUGUUAAGAAGUGUACAUUUCAUGGGCUUGUCCCAGAGCACAAGUGUCCUUUCCCUGCAAAGCUUAAUUUACUCAUAAAUUGAUCGGUGUUAUACAGCAGACACAGCAUAAAAAUAAUGCGUAUCUAAUCUGAAGCCAUGUGUUUCCAGAGCUGGGUUAUAUUUUAACAUCUAUGUAUGUAUGUGAUAUUAUAAAACAUCAGCAAUAAAAUUGUUCUUCGAGUCAGA